AUACUGAAACCGUUUACACACUUGCCACGAUUAUCAAUUCCAUUCUGGAUACUGUCGGUUUAAGUUUAAUCUGAUCAUUUUCUUCAGUGAAAUUCUACACUGGAAUAUUAUCAUUUGACUUUAAUAUUAGGAAUAUAAUAUAAGGAAUACGAUCGGUUUAAUUUAAGAGCUGCUGACAAUUUAGGCGAAAAGUUUCUUAUUGAUUAAGUAGCGAGAAAAAGUUUAAAAUGUAAACAAUACAUAUAACGCCUUCGUGAUUGAAAGGUGAAUGAGUAAGUAGAGGAAGGAUAAAUCCAAAAAUGUGGAAUAUAUUAAUGGGAUAUUAUAAAAAUAAUUGAAAGCAAUCAAAAUAAUAACAGAAACCGUUUUAAAAGGACUUUAAAAUUCGCGUUUGGCUUUGUUGACAUCGGAAUCGAUUUCAUUCCGGGUAUAAAUAUUUAUUCGGAAGCAUGCCCGUGGAGAUGACCUAAACAAAUAUAGGCUUUAUAAUUACUGAAUUUCCGAUCAAUACAUCUGAAGAUUAAUUCGGGAAAUUUGGAUCAAAUGAAAGAGCCAACAUUAUGAAUGUGGUAUCCUUAUUGAAUCUGUGCUAGUGGGUGCUGUGUCAGAUAUGAAAGUUACCAUUCAAUGAUUCGAACAACGUAACCGUGCUACAAAAGCAGUAAUACUCGUUAGAAUAAAUCAGUAAUGACAUUUUAAUGACAUUUUCUAAUAACUGCGGCACCUUAAUGGUGUCAAGCGUCCUAAGAGACACAACAAAUUAAUGAUCCACCAAAUUGGUAAUAGUGUCAAAAGUCCAUCACAGCUCAUUUCUCAAAGAAAAAUCAUUCCUUAAUAUAUCAGUCUGGAUCUACUAGAGUUCAAGAAAUGAGAGACAUGCAGAUGCCAGUGUUUUUAACGGAACCUCCGCAAAUUUCUUCCAAUCCUAGUCCAUCACCAAGAAAACAGAAGAAAUCUCGAGUUGCUAAGGCAAACGGUUACCAUGGGGAUGACCUGGCGGUUGCUUUGGCAUCAUCACCGAAAUUCAACAGAUCACCCAGAAGAGAAAAGUGGGAGAAAAAUGUAAAGCCACACGUUUCUUCGGGAGCGAGCGUUGAUGACUUGGUCCAACCACCCGCCACGCUAGCAGAGGUCAAGAGCGGCUUGCAGAGGGCGUACCUGGAGGGAAUAGAUUUCAUCAGGUUAAAGGUCAAAGAGAGCGAAGAGGAGUUGACCCAGUUAAAGCUCAGCUUCUACCAGUGUGCAUCGGACGAAGAGGAUGAAUUCGAGAAAUACUUGGUCAAGUGUAAUGAACAAUUCCUUCAAGCCAACAACGAGCUAAGGCGCAAAAAUGUCACGCUUAAGGUCCUAGACAGUGAGCUCGAAAUAGUCACCCUUUUGAAUACUCUCCGGGAAAAAUGUGAGGUCGAUAAAGGGGAGAUAGGGUUCAUAUCCGAAUUCUGGGAAAAUAUUAAGGCUACAAUGGAGAGUAUGACGAUUUUGUUGAAUAAGUUCAAGACCAGUGUAGUGGAACGGUUGCGUGGCAACUGUAUUAGUUACUAUAACAACACUGAAAUUCAUUUGGAUGUAUCGGCUAGAUAUACGGAAGAGAUCACCAAAUAUUUGACCGACCUUGAACGAACUUUGAAUGACACUCAGAUCCUGAUUAAGAGCUACUCAAGCGGAGUUCAUCAGGAUAUGUUUUCACAUACCAAGUUCACAGAAGGAAUCCUUGUUUCCUGUGAUCUCAAGGCUUUUCCGAUACUUCGGCUGUUCCCGGAUCUUACGGAAAAGAUCGAAUCAAUGUUGAGCAUAGCGCUGAUGUGGUUAGAUAGAGAUGAGAAGUACAUGUACGAAAUCAAUGACUACAUCCGAGAAACGAGGUCAAUGGCCAAGAAAAGGGUUGACGAAAUGAAAAUACAGAAAGAAAAGCUGAAGAAAUUUGAGAAAGCUGUGAAAUCUGCCAAUAUUUUACUACACAAUAACAAAGAGAAGCUGCAGCGAAUUGAAACAGAUCUGAAUCAAUUAGAACAAACUUUCGGUGUGUACAAACAACAGAUGCAAAUGAAGUAUGGUGAGAAAUCGCAGAAAGAAAGUAUGGUGGAUUUUCUCAAGAUCACACUUUCACAGACCAAGAAGAACUAUAACUUACAAUUGAAGAGACAAAGACUUCUGAAACAGGUCGAAGAGCUCGAAGGAUUUUUGGAUCAUCUUGAACAGGAUCUGAGUGGUGUUCAGUACAAAAUACAAGCGAAAGCUCAACAAAAGGACAUGCUUAGCAUAAAGCUGGAAACUAGUGAAAAAUCCUACGGUGCUUUGAAAACUAACCUUGACAACUUCUCAGAUAACCUUGAAAGACUUGAACAAGAGGUAAAUGGCUUAUCAGGACAGUUACUACAGCUAGAAAUUAUUCAAACAUGUAAGUCUUCCCCGGAAAAUAUUGACGGUGUUUUUGAUAGACCCCAGUCAGUAAAACUUGCUCCGUCCUUGAAAGAGAAAAUAAAACGAAAGCGUAAAAUCAUGCCCCCGGUACACUGACCGGAACUGACGUGACCUUGGAUGUGACAAAAUGUUGACCUUCGCAUUGACAGCUACAUGACCUUGACUUUGUACUAAACAUUCCGAGAUGUGCUAAAAUUUAUAGUGUUGUGACAGGGUCGCCAAUAUGAUGUAGAAAUUCUAGCUUCAGUAAUGCUUGUCUAGUGGAUUGACUUUUGAAAUAACAUGAGGAGGAACUUCGAUGAGAUCAUUUCAACUUUGUAUGAAGAGAAUGCUUGGUGCUGCAACUGAUGGAUAGUUCUUCAAAGAACUUGGGAAUACUUUGAACACAGUUCUGCACAUAAGAAUAAAGUGCACUUGAUGCAUUUGUUGUUUCUGAUUACAUAGUUUCUGUUUCUUCCACACGUUUGUCUUUACGUUCAAAUGUGCACUUUUCAUUACAACUAAAAUCGAUUACAAUGACAUUAUUAAAUCGAACUUUGCUCUCUUCUUACAAGAACGUCGUAGACACAAGUGUUUAACAGUUAUGACGUUUCUGAUUCAUAAUCAUAUUUUUGUUCCUAAUUUUCCAAUUCCACAAAUAGUCGGCAACUCAUAAUUCAUUGUCAAUAAUCUAAAGGUGCCAAAAGCACGGACGUAACAAUAUGCCACUUAAAAUAUUAAUUGGUCUGUUUAUAUUGCUUUCCUAUGCACAUAUUACGCAAAUAAGGUGGCGAAAACUCUCUGUAGUGUCCAUUUUCUCUCCAUAUCUAAUUCUCAUUUCAAACAAUAUGCAAAAUAAGCAUUUUUUGAAAGAUCGGUCCAUGGGUUAAACCCAGAUGAUAACAAACCACUAUUCCUAUUAGUGUAUCACAUUAACCCCACUUGCGCUUAGUUCACAUCGGUUCUAUAUAGAUAUAAGAGUACUGGUCAUUUCCUAUAUUUUAUGAUACAUUUGCAGAACUUGCAUUUACCGACAACUUCUGAUUCUUUGUCAUAUUUGUAUGUUAAGAUGUUAUGUGUUGUGUUGCGUUCUUGCAUGUUUGUACUGGUCAAAGAACAGAAUAUACGCAAAUGAACAAUA